GAAAAAUGCCUUUGUCCCAAAAGCCAAUGAGGUAUGGCCAUACUGAAGGUCACACAGAUGUCUGCUUUGACGACACUGGAAGCUGCAUCGUAACUUGUGGCAGUGACGGAGAUGUCAGGAUUUGGGAAAGUCUGGAUGAUGACGACCCCAAGUCCAUCAAUGUGGGAGAAAAGGCUUAUUCGUUUGCUCUGAAGAAUGGAAGGUUGAUUACUGCGGUAUCGAACAAUGCGGUCCAGAUCCACACUUUCCCAGAGGGCGUUCCAGAUGGUAUCCUGACUCGCUUCACGAUGAAUGCCAACCACGUGGUUUUCAAUGCUGAUGGGAGCAAAGUCGCUGCUGGGUCCAGUGACUUUUUGGUGAAGAUUGUGGAGGUGGCCGACAGCAGCAAGCAAAAGACCUUUCGAGGGCACGACGCGCCAAUUUUAAGCGUGUCAUUUGAUCCAAAGGAUGCUUUUCUGGCAUCAGCAAGCUGUGAUGGAUCUGUCAGAGUGUGGAAAAUUGCCAAGCAGAUCUGUGAAAAAAGCUGGCCACUGCUCCAGAAGUGUAAUGACGUGAUAGAUGCAAAAUCAAUAUGUAGACUCUCCUGGCAGCCAAAUAAAGGAAAGAUGCUGGCCAUCCCAGUAGAGAAAGUUGUUAAGCUGUAUGGGAGGGAAACAUGGGAGCACCAGUUUGAUCUGUCAGAUGACUUCAUCACCCAGCCCCUCAACGUCGUAGCCUGGUCUUCCUGCGGACGAUUUGUGGCAGCUGGAAGUGUCGGUGGCUAUAUAGUCAUUUGGAACAUGGAGACCCGGGAGUGCCUGGAGAGGGUGAAGCAUGAAAAAGGUUACACCAUCUGUGGGUUGGCCUGGCACCCGAAAGCCAGUCACGUAGCUUAUACAGAUGCAGAAGGCAAUCUGGGACUGCUCGAGAACGUCUGUGGUGCAGAAGGAAAGAAAUCAAACCCCAAGGUAUCUGCUCCUGCUCCCAAAGACUACGAUGCCCUUUUCGAUGGGGAUGACAAUGAGGACUUUCUGGACGGAGACUUCAUUGAGCCCCAGUCGUCCCUGAAGGCAGUAACAAAUUAUGAAGAUGAGGAUGACGACCUGAUGGUAGCAUUGGGACGGCCCAGAAACCGAGGAGCAAUAAUAGAAGAUGACGAGAACUCCAUAGAUCUUGGAUUGCUGAAGGCUAAUGCCGCUCUGGAUAAGCAGGGUGAAGAGGAUGACCAGGAGAGCCUUCCUCCUGUCCCGCCACGGUCCCCCGCGCAGAGGCCUUUCUAUGACUGGCCAAUGCCAACUCCUCGGCAGAAACCAUUCCAGUCGGGCUCCACCCCGGUACAUCUCACACACCGUUUCAUGGUGUGGAACUCUGUUGGUAUUAUUCGCUGCUAUAACGACGAGCAAGACAACGCCAUUGAGGUGGAAUUCCACGAUGCUGCCAUACACCAUGCGAUGCACUUGCCCAAUUCUUUGAGUCACACGAUGGCAGACCUUUCCCGGGAAGCUGUUUUAUUAGCUUGCGAGAGCACAGAAGAGCUGGCGAGCAAACUUCACUGCAUCCACUUCAACUCCUGGGAUUCCAACAAGGAAUGGACCAUCGACAUGCUGCAGGACGAGGAAAUCGAAGCGAUCUGCUUGGGCCAGGGCUGGGCUGCCUGUGCCACCAGCGCUCUCUUUGUCCGCGUGUUCACGGUGGGGGGAGUUCAGAAAGAGCUCUUCAGCCUCCCGGGUCCAGUGGUGUCCAUGGCGGGACACGGAGAACAGCUGCUAGUGAUCUUCCACAGAGGUACUGGCUUUGAUGGGGAUCAGUGUCUUGGCGUUCAGCUGAUAGAGCUUGGAAGAAAGAAGAGACAGAUUUUGCAGGGUGAACCCCUUCCUGUUUCCCGGAAAUCCUAUCUGACAUGGGUAGGGUUUUCAGCAGAAGGUACUCCGUCUUACGUGGAUUCGGAAGGCAUUGUGCGCAUGGUGAACAGAGGGCUCGGCAAUACGUGGACCCCAGUCUGCGACACGAGGGAGCAUUGUAAAGGGAAGUCGGACCACUGCUGGAUCGUUGGCAUUCACGAAAAUCCGCAGCAGCUGAGAUGCAUCCCUUGUAAAGGAGCUCGAUUCCCACCAACGCUUCCUCGCCCUGCGGUAGCUGUGUUGCCCUUCAAGCUUCCUUUUUGCCAGACUGCAACAGACAAGGGGCAGAUGGAGGAGCAAUUCUGGCGUUCUCUCCUGUUCCACAAUCACCUGGAGUAUUUAUCCCAAAGCGGAUACGAAUGCGAUGAAAGCAUGAAAGGCCGAGCCGUUCAGGAACAGCAGAGUCUCUUGAUGAAAAUGUUUGCGCUUUCCUGUACGCUGGAGCGUGAAUUCCGCUGCAUGGAGCUGGCAGAGCUCAUGACUCAGACUGCCGUGAGCUUGGCUGUCAAGUACGCCUCGCGCUCUCGGAAGCUCAUCCUUGCCCAGAAGCUGAGUGAGCUGGCAGCGGAGAAAGCGGCUGAGCUGGCAGCUGUGGAAGAAACUGGCGAGGAAGAGGAGGAAGAUUUCAGAAGCCACCUGAAUGCCGGUUACAGCAACACUGCCACGGAAUGGAGUCAGGGCAAAGUCAGAAGCCUCCAGCGCCAGCAAAGCAUGGAAGCCAGUGAGGAAGUGGAGGAGGAUGAGGAAGAAAUCUCUGAAGAGGCAAAACCAAGUGAGACGCACGCGUCUAAGCAGGGUUCACCCAUACUGUGCAGAAAUGAACCCACUUCCAAAUCUGCAAUAAUUGUAUCCUGCAGCCAAGGACGAGUCAAUCCAUUCAAGGUGUCCAGCAGCCAAAAGGAUCCCGUGUCUCACUCAACGAGCAUCUUGGACAACAUGGCCAAACUCCCUAAGAAGAAUUCCGCACUGACUGGACGGACCCCUCCGAGCAAGGAGAAGGGCCCCAUGAUAAAGCCCCUGGUUCCCAAGCCCAAAUCAAAGCAGGCUGCAGCAGCGGCGUUUUUCCAACCCCGAACCCCCAGCUCUGAGAAGAAAAGCGUUGGAGAGAGAGGAGAAAAAGCCGAAGCCUCGCCUUCUGAAGCCCAAACUUCAACUGAGAAUGGUGAAAGUAAAAGGCCGAAGACCGGAUUCCAAAUGUGGCUGGAAGAGAACAGAAGCAUCAUUUUGGCAGAUAAUCCUGAUUUUGAAGAAACGGAGAUCAUACGGGAAGGCAUGGGUCGAUUUAGAGUGCUGUCUCCUGAAGAAAGGAUGGCUUGGACGGAGAAAGCCAAAGGAAGAGACUCUGGUGACUCAGGCGAAGGGAAAAAGAGGAAGCACCCAGAAGAUGUUAGUGCCGACGGGCAAGAAAAUCCGGAACAAAAAUCGAAAGAGAACACCAGCUCGGCCAAGAAACCCAAACCUCCUGACCAGACGGCGUGCAUGAAGCUAUCAGCGUUUGCGUUCCAGAAGAGCUAA